GUUGCAGUGAGCCUGGCUUGUGGUCGAGCCAUGGUGGUGAGUGCAGCGGUCACCCUCUACGCUCUUUGUCACAAAUGUCUAGAGCACAAGUCCGAUGGAAGUGACGUCGAGCCUGACAGUGAGAUGUCCGAUCGAGACCGACCAGAUCCACUAUCAGUGUGGCUGGAUGCACCGACUUGCAGUAACGUGACCGACCAAAUGGAGGCUUUGGACAAUUAUUACAAGAUCUACUCAUCAAUGCAGUCACCGCUACCCGACCCAAUUGGAUUCGCAGAGCCCGAUCCACUCGGAGCUGGCAGUGUGCCGCAAGUUACCACUGACAAUCACACCAACGGUGCUUCAAUGAGUUUCAGACAACUGAAUGCAAAUCCCCUGAUUCAGUUGAUCAAGAUGGAAAACCGUAUACAGGAACGAAUAGCCUUGCUACAGCGUAUCUCCCACAAGGUACAAGUGACUGUCGCCCGAUCUGCUGUCAUGAAUGUUGUUUCACUGCUUUCCUUCAGUGGGUCAAUGUGCAGUAUAUCAAGCGCGCUGGCAGGGGUGGGGCUGAGUGAUGCGCAGAAGCUAGUGCGCCUCAUGUGUCUAAUUGCCAAUGGCCACACCGUCAUGACGUCAUCGCCCUCCUCCAUGAUGACUCCAUCACUGGACCCGCUCUCCAGCUGCCUUUCCCCCUCCACCACCAACAGCCUCAGCUGUUUGGCCAGCUGUUUGACAGCUGUCGCCAGCUGUGAUGACAACGCCUCUCAGCUGGUCGUUCUCAUGUGUGCCAAUGAGCUAAUGAAAGUGGCUAUCGCUUCAAACACACCGCCGUCGACCUUCGCAGUCACCCAGUCGCUAGUGUCGCUGCUCACUAGAAACGGCGGAACUUCGCUGACGUCAUCAGCAGGUGAGGAGGAGAAGGAGGAGGCGGUUGGGGCUUCCCCCGCUCUACCGCCAUCACCGCAGAGUCCACUGGAGGCGAAAAUCAGUCCACUGCUGUUGGCGAAUGCUCUGGCUGCGUGUGUCCUGUCCAAUCGACUCGAAAGCAAGCAUCGACAAUGGGCCACCCAACAACUGCUGAAAUGUCUGUCUUCGAAGUCGCCGCUUCCCGCUCUACAUGCGAUGGAUUCUUUGAAUAUGGCUGACCUGACUUCGGUAAUGGACAGUUCGACAUUAGCUCUGUUCCAAGGUCACGAGGAUAGAGUCGCUUGUUUGGCGUGGCAGUCCGAGCAAGGUGUACUGGCCUCCAGUGGCUGCGACAGUACGGUUCGAAUCUGGUCGCUGAGCAAAUGGAGUCUAGAGCAGACCCUUGUGUUUCGUCUUUCGGAAAAUGUCUAUGGCAGUCAACUGAACGUCAGCUCAUCGAUCAUCUGGAUGUCGCCUCUAAGAAGUUCAUUGCUGCUUCUAUGA